GCGCGGGGCUGGCCGCGGUGUGCGGCUUGCAGCUCUGGGCACGUACGGGAGAGAGGCUGAGCCGAGUGGGGCAGAAAACCGAGAAAGAGGGGGAGCCCCAGCUACGCCUGGGCCACCAACCCUUCCCGGGGCUGGCAGCGGCGGGUUGGGAGCCGGGAGCGGGGGGGGACUGCCCCCUUCGCCCCUCCCUGCCUGCUCCCUGCCUGCUGCCCUCGCAGAGCGGAGCGCAGCGCAGCGCAGCGCAGCGGAGGAGGGCGGCUGCCGCCCGCGGAUGCUGGGGCGCGGGCGGCGCGGGCAGGGCGGGCGGCGCGGGCAGGGGAGCUGUCCUUCAGCACCGAGGGCCGCCGAGCGCGCCUCCCGCACCGCCGCCGCCCGGGGAGCCGUCCUGCAGCACCGGGGCCCGGCAGCGCUCCUCCCGCACCGCCGCCGCCCGGGGAGCCGUCCUGCAGCACCGCCGCACGCCGCCGCCGAGCCGUCCAGCGCCGCGCCGCCGCCGCCGCCUCCUUGAUGCAGUAGCGGGGCCCGGGAGUCGCCGGGGGCCGCCGCGGGGCAGGGGGUGCCGCAGCCGCGCUCCGCGCCUGUAUCCCCCGACCCCCCCACUCCUCCUCUGUGUCCCCGUCUUUCCAUCACCACCCGGAGCCCCCCUCUGUCCUCGCCCACCUCCGCCGGGAGCGAGCGCCGCGGCUGUGCGGAAAAGCCAUGGGAGGCAAGACCUCGGCACCUGUUCAGCUGAAAUCAAGGGCUUACAGUAUACUGGGCAGCCUGGCUUGGUGGUAGGAGCGAGCGAAAGGAAAGGAGAAGCAAGCAAGCAAAAGUGAGAGAGGAUUGGAGCGACUGCCGCUGCCGGGAAAAAAAAAAUAAUAAAUAAAACCCCAAGGAAGAUAACUGGGAAGGAAAAGGAUUUUCAUGGCGCAGGCUGCAGAGCUAAGCAAGAAGACUGAAGGUUGCAUCUCUGCUCUUACAGUCUCUAACUGUCUAGGUCCAGAUAAUGAGAGAUUGUGUUGAGGAUGCUGCUGCUGCUCCCCUGUUCACUGUGGAAGCCAUCUCCAAAUUAGCCAUUACAUAUGGAAACUGGAGACCAGAAUUUUAGAAAAAGGGAUUAAGGCGUCUCAUUUUGGGGGGGGUUCUCUCUUUAUUUGUUUGGUUUUUCUUGGUUCUUUUAUCUCUUUUUUUUUUUCUUUUUUCCUUUUUCCUUUUUUUAUAUUUCAACCAGAACGUUUCCGAUUUAAAAGGCAAGCCUCUUCCCGUGUGGUCUUUCUAAUUUACACUCUUUUCCGUGGGCUUUCUUACCUCUCUUUUUUGAUAUCUAUCUCUCUAUAUAUACCCAUUAUAUUAUUAGUCGGAAUUAUUAUUCAUUUAUUUUAUUAAACACACACACCCCAAGAAUCAGAAGGCGGUUGGGUAUUUGUAUAAUGAAGAAUUAUGGGGCUCUUUGACAGAGGUGUUCAGAUGCUUUUAACCACCGUUGGUGCUUUCGCUGCCUUCAGCCUGAUGACCAUAGCUGUGGGGACCGACUACUGGCUUUACUCCAGAGGGGUUUGCAAGACUAAAACUGUCAGUGAGAACGAAACCAGCAAAAAGAACGAGGAAGUCAUGACCCAUUCUGGAUUAUGGAGAACCUGCUGCCUGGAAGGGAAUUUUAAAGGUCUGUGUAAGCAAAUCGAUCACUUCCCUGAGGAUGCAGAUUAUGAAGCCGAUACAGCAGAAUAUUUCCUCCGGGCUGUUAGAGCCUCUAGUAUUUUCCCGAUCCUGAGUGUGAUUCUGCUUUUCAUGGGUGGACUCUGCAUUGCAGCCAGCGAGUUCUACAAAACCCGACACAACAUCAUCCUUAGUGCCGGCAUCUUCUUCGUGUCUGCAGGUCUGAGUAAUAUAAUUGGCAUCAUCGUAUACAUAUCAGCCAACGCUGGAGACCCCUCCAAGAGUGACUCCAAGAAGAACAGCUACUCCUACGGCUGGUCCUUCUACUUCGGGGCCCUGUCCUUCAUUAUAGCCGAGAUGGUGGGAGUGCUGGCUGUCCACAUGUUCAUAGACCGGCACAAACAGCUGCGCGCCAAUGCUCGCGCCACGGACUACCUCCAGUCCUCCGCCAUCACCCGCAUCCCCAGCUACCGGUACCGCUAUCAGAGACGCAGCCGCUCCAGCUCCCGCUCCACCGAGCCUUCACACUCCAGGGAUGCCUCUCCUGUCGGGAUCAAAGGGUUUAACACCCUCCCAUCAACAGAGAUCUCGAUGUACACCCUGACCAGGGACCCACUGAAGGCAACCACUACCCCUACCGCCACCUACAACUCCGACAGGGAUAACAGUUUCCUCCAGGUUCACAACUGUAUCCAGAAAGAGAACAAGGACUCUAUCCACACCAACACAGCCAACCGUCGGACCACCCCGGUAUGAAGCCGUCGCCAGGAGCUGAAAAUGGGGCAGGAACGGGCAGGAGACGGGGUGGGAUACGGGGUGGGAAGGGUGGAAGCAGGGCAGAGGUAGCAGGGGGGUGGGAAGGAGGAGGAGGAGGAAGCACCCCUUGGGGGCUGGGGACCUUCCCAAUGCAAAAAAAAAAAAAAAAGAAAAAAAAAAGAAAAAAAAAAGAAAAAUCCACAAAAAAACAAACAAAACAAACAAACAAAAAAAGGACAAAAAAUAACCAACCAAUGAACAAGCAGAUAAACAAACAAGCAAGUGAACAAAAAAACCAAACGAAUGAAAAGGAAAUGAGAGGAAAGAGACAACAGUGAGAAAAAAAAAUUCUUAAAAAAAAAAAAAAGAAAAAAGAAAAAAAGAAAAACUUUAAAACUGAGAGAGAUUUAAAAAAUAGAAAUAAAUUUAAAAGAAAAUGCAUGAUUUCCCAUGUACCAUUAUUUUAACAUUUAAUAAAAACAGACUUAAAAAAAAUAUAAAAGGGAACCAAGAAAUAACAAAAGACAAUAAAUCAAGCGGGAUGAGGAGGAGGAGGAGGCAGCUCUUUGGAUUUUGGGGGGGUUUAUUCUUUAAUUUUGCAGUUUCCCACUUACCUUUAAUGCAGCACAGGCUCCUUGGGGGACAGGGAAUGGGGGUUCCAACGGCAGCAACUUUGGUGUCCUUGGGCCGGUUACAGAGGAUCCCAAGGUGCCAAGGGGUCAGCCAUGACCCACUCUGUUUCCCCAGGAUCCAUCGGAAUCUGCUCCAUUCCCCCGGGAUCCGUGGGGAUCCGCUUAUGCCCUACAGGUCCAUAGGGGCUAAGAGCGACCCCUGUCCCUAGGGAAUGCAGGAGCUGAUGCUGAGUCACCCCCUCCACAGUGUCCCCAGGGGGGGUCCCUGAUUCCCCAGCCCUGGGGACCCUGGGGUUAAUGGUGACAGUGCAAAAAGCAAACAGACACAGUAAAUGAAGACACAGACAUACACACAGACAAAAAACAAAAAAGGACAAAAAAAAGAGGUUUCUUAAAAAAAAAAAAAGUGGCAAUUUUUUUAAUAAAACAACAGCUAUAAAUAAAUGUAAAUAUAAUAAGUGGAUUUACUUGCAAGAAAAACAGAUAGUAUUAUUUUUUUCUUUACAUUUUGUUUUCUCCAGCUUUAAACUGUGAACAAAAAAAGACAAAGAGAAAAGGCAGUGGGGAGCGGGGUGGGAGGCGCGGGUAGAGGGUGGAGGGCUGGUGGAGGGGAACCGUGGCUCCCAUCCCUUCAGGAUGCUGCUUCUGUGGUCGUGGGGGGGACAUGGGAGGCCAAAGCCGAGGGCAGCGUGCCAACGGGGGGGACAGCACUUGUGCACACACGUACCUGUGUGCUCACACACGCGUGCCCAGGCGUGUGCACACUCUCCUGUGAAUGCUCCAGAGGCUCCCCAGGCACCCCCCAAAUCUGCACUUAGGUCCUGCCAGUGGGGCUGCAGCCAUGUGGGGGCAUGGCGAGGUCUAACCAGCCCCUGAAAUCACUCCCGUACCCCCCGCCCUGACCCAAAGCUGGCCACUGGCUCCUAGCCUUGACACAUGUACCCCUUGGUCUGCAUCCCAGGGAGUCCCCCGCUCCGGGCCUGAGCCCCCUGGUUCCUGGUGGCCAUGCCAGGGAGAGGUGAGAAGCCAUUGGGCAUCUCCAUACCCACUGGGUUUUGUCCUUGUCCCCUCCUCAGGGGCAUCCUGUCCCAAUGUGUCCUCACCUGCAAUGGCCAGGUGAGCUGGGCCCCCACCCCAGGACCCCUGCACUGGUGGCAGCCCCCUCCCAGGGGUGCCAGGGUCAGCUUUUAAUCCAGUUCCCCUAUGGAGGCAGAGGUAGGGGAGCACAUGGGGCUACUGUGGCACCCUGCAAGCCGCUGGCCAGCCCAGGGCAAGGACAGGGCUCCUUCUGUGGAGGUUUGCAGGAUGGGGCCACCAAGCCCUUCGGCAGCUCAGACCCACUUUUCGACUUCUUUUCCGUCCUCGUUCCUGCUGCUCCAGUUUUUCGGAGCUGCGCAGUCCCCCACUUUGGGUCCCAGCGGGGCUUCUGCUUAAAAGAAACCUCCACCUCCCUGCAGCUUUAACCCCCCUUCCUUGCUCCGGAGCAAGGCAGUGGGCAACAACUGGGAGAGGGUCACCCCUAGAAACAGCAUCACUGGGCAAGAGGAGGAUGCGAGCAGCUUGGCUGGGUGUCCAGACGCCCCCUACCACUGAAAUCCUCUCCUGUGACACCACAGCCCUUUAAAAGAGAUUCACAGCAACCCCCCUAUUCCAGUGCCUCUCAAGGAAUAAGUUAAAGCUGGUUUCCCAGACCCCGACAUUGGGGUUUCCAUCCCCAGCUGCCCCCCUCGCCCGCCCAAUGUCGCAUGGAGCUGGGGAGCAUUCACAGGGCCAAGCGUGCCCCCUGGGGACAGGCGGGAAGGGAAGAGUGCCGGGAUAGCACGGAUGGGAGAAGAGGGCUGGCAGGGAAGCUUUCUUCCGAGGGUGUUGCUCAUGUCCAGCUCAAACCAGUACAAGAAACCAACUUCCAUUUUCUUUAUUUCAUGGUUUUUUUCAGACUGUUAAAAAGAAAAAAAAUUUUAAAAAGAGAAAAUGACAAAAAAAA